UUAAAGGACAUUUCUGUUCUUGAAUUCAACCGCAAGAAAUAUCCUUUAAUUGUAAGAGUAAGAAUAUUAUUUCUGUCGAUGGAUAAUUCAUUGAUGUGGACGUUUAAAGUCAGUCCAACGCUGCUCAUCAUUUUCUUUCUCUGAAGUUCUUUAUCUCCAUGCAAAUAAGAUCCCUAACACGUUUAGAAAAAAGUAGUGAAUGUCAUGACAUAUUGACGACUAAAAGUUGAAAACACUUAAUUUGGUACAAACAUAAAAUCAUCAAGUAUAGAACAAGCACAAGAACGCAAGACAACAGACAACUUGUUACUGAAGGCAAUGAUUUCGAUUUAUAAACAUACAGUCUACACAUUAAAAUAAUGUGCAUGUUGUUAUAUUGUUUCACAUGUCGCCCACAUUAUUUAUGUUGUUAUACAAAAAGUGAAAAUGCAGCUGUUUCUUAUCUGUUUUGAGUGUAGUCAGAUUGAUUCAGUCAAAAUGCCGCACAUACGGUUACCUGUCAAACAUUAUUUACAGUAUACAUGGUCCUAUGUCUAGUAAAAAAAAAUCUGUAGGUUACAAACCCCUUUACCAGGACGGUCGUCUCGGCAACACGAUAUCUGAACUCACGGAAAUUUGUGAGAUCAGGUUGGAUAAUUCGUUUUCCACUGGACUUGAGGGCGUCUUUCCGUCUCGCGACCACUUCUUUCCGCGCAAGUGGCGGGAAUGACCAUUUCUCUCCGUCACUGCAACUGUACUUAAUCUCCCCGUCGAAUCGUUUAACCGCAAGUAUAUACCGUUUACCACAUAGUAAGACUCCUCAAAGAAAGUUACCAACGGUCUCCUCUUCACAUUGUUUUCCAUUUUGGCACGUUUUGAAAUCUGUGCAAAUAUUAUGAGUUCCAGAAGUUGCCAAAGCGCAGAGCGGUGGCUUGCAACAGAACGGUCUCGAGACGCGUUUUGAAAACUUCAACUGUUUAACUUGACGCCGUUUCACGCAAACGCAACGCGCAUGACGCGAGACGCUGAAAAUACAGGCGAACUCGACGCUACGAUCGAAGGCUUGAUCUGACUCCCGUGCGCACCGUCUCACAGUUAAAAACAGAGGGCACACAAUAACUGAAACGUCCGCAUCGGUAGCCGCAUUCACGUGUAGUCCUCUCAUCCAGCUUCGCGCCGAAUUCCAUCUCUCAGCGCGCGCGUUCGCGCCUGCUUUCUCCCUUGCUCUCGAGCGAGCGCGCGCGCGCGCGGGGGUGUCCCUCCUCCGCAGUUUGGAGUUUGUGAUGUGUCUCAGACUCCGCGAGCGCCGCGCAAGAGCGAGACCUGCGGAGAGAGCGCGCCGGAUCCUGAAGCGACCGUUACCCUCCAACAGGCGACCGUUUCCCUGCCCUUCUCAUUCCUAAUCCCCCCGUAUUCCCACACAGUAUUCCUCAAGCGAGCGCUUUCCUUUAGCGCAGCCGCACUUUUUUUCCUCGACACAGGUGCAUUUUGUUUUCCUUUGACGUACUUUUUCUCACUCAUUGGGAAUUAACGGACAUCUGAGUAUCGUGUGGAUGAGCUGCUUUAUAGAGAACCGGAGAUGGAUUUGCUGAUAAUAUGCCUUUCUUUUGGGAUAUUGCAGUGCAGUUCAGCGGCAGCGGACUCCAUCAUUCACAUCGGUGCCAUUUUUGAGGAGAACGCUGUGCGGGAUGAUGAGGUGUUUCAGUUGGCGAUCUCUGACCUCAGCCUCAACGAUGACAUUUUGCAGAGUGAGAAAAUCACCCACUCUAUAAAAUAUAUCGAACCCAACAACCCCUUUCAGGCAGUACAGGAAGCAUGUGAACUGAUGACACAGGGCAUCUUGGCUCUGGUCACAUCUACAGGAUGUGCCUCAGCCAGCGCUCUACAGUCCCUGACAGAUGCCAUGCACAUACCACACCUUUACGUCCAGAGGAACGCUGAAGGAUCGCCUCGUACUGCUUGCCAGUUGAAUCCAAGCCCAGAUGGGGAACGCUACACCCUAUCAGCCCGGCCGCCGGUCCGUCUAAGCGAUGUCAUGUUCACGUUGGUUGGUGAACUGCGCUGGCAGAAGUUCAUCGUCUUCUAUGAUAGUGAUUAUGAUAUCCGUGGUCUCCAGGGCUUUCUCGACCAGACAUCCCGGCAGGGUCUCGAUGUGUCACUACAGCGCGUGGACAGGAACAUCAGCGGUGUGUUUUCCAGUUUGUUCACCUCUAUGCGCACAGAGGAGCUCAACCGUUACAGAGACACGCUCAGAAGAGCUAUCCUGCUGCUCAGCCCGCGUGGAGCCCAGGUCUUCAUCCACCAGGCAGUGGAGACUAACCUGGCCUCCAAAGACAGUCACUGGGUGUUUGUAAACGAGGAGAUCAGUGAUAGUGAGAUUAUGGAGCUGGCCCACAAUUCCUUGGGCAGGAUGACCGUUGUCAGGCAGAUCUUUCCAUUGUGGAGAGACAGCGGUGUGAGCUGUAUGAGAAACAAUCACCGCAUCUCAUCCUUGCUCUGUGACCCUCAGGAAGGAUACCUGCAGUCGCUGGAGGUCUCCAAUCUGUACCUUUAUGACAGUGUACUGAUGUUGGCCAAUGCAUUCUACAGAAAACUAGAGGACAGAAAAUGGCACAGCAUGGCCAGCCUCAACUGCAUCAGAAAGUCAACCAAACCCUGGAACGGAGGAUGGUCCAUGCUAGAGACAAUCCAAAAGGGCCAAAUCACCGGGCUAACCGGAAUUAUGGACUUCAUGGAUAAUGGAUCAAAUUCCCACGUUCAGUUUGAGAUUCUGGGAACCAGCUUCAGCGAGACGUUUGGCAAAGACAUAAAGCGGUUGGCUACGUGGGAUUCUGUCCAUGGGCUAAAUGGAAGUCUGAAGGAGAGUCGUAUUGAGAAUGGCAUGCAGGGAGUCACAGUGAAAGUAGUGACGUUGUUGGAGGAUCCAUUUGUGAUGGUGGCAGAAAACAUACUUGGACAGCCCAAAAGAUAUAAGGGUUUCUCAAUUGAUGUACUUGAUGCCUUGGCCAAAAUCUUGGGAUUCAAGUAUGAUAUCUACCAGGUGGCAGACAGCAAAUAUGGUUCUCAGCUGCCCAAUGGCUCUUGGAAUGGAAUGAUCGGAGAGCUCAUCAACAAGAGAGCAGAUCUGGCAGUUUCCGCCAUCACUAUAACACCGGAGCGGGAGAAUGUUGUUGACUUCAGCAAGCGCUACAUGGACUACUCUGUGGGGAUCCUACACCGCAAACCAGAGGAAAAGAUCAACAUCUUUUCCCUGUUUGCACCUUUCGACCUGGCUGUGUGGGCCUGCAUCGCAGCCGCCAUUCCCGUGGUGGGCGUUCUGAUCUUUCUGCUGACACGGAUGCAGAUGCUUCGUUCCCAGAAUCCUCCAGGAGCUCAUCAGACUUCAUCCGUGUCGAACACAUUGCACAGCGCUAUAUGGAUUGUCUAUGGAGCGUUUGUACAACAAGGUGGAGAUUCAGUGGUCGGGUCUGUUGCAUUGAGGAUAGUCAUGGGCAGCUGGUGGUUGUUUACAUUGAUUGUGUGCUCUUCUUACACUGCAAACCUGGCCGCCUUCCUAACUGUGUCCCGCAUGGACACCACUAUACGAACGUUUCAGGACCUCGCGAGGCAGAUGGACUUUACCUACGGCACUGUGAGGGACUCAGCUGUGUACGAUUACUUUAGAGCCAAGGGUACAAACCCGCUUGAGCAGGACAGCACCUAUGCAGAGCUGUGGAGGACCAUCAGCAAGAACAACGGGAAGGACUUCUCAGUGUCUGGUCCAUCAGAAGGCAUACGCAAGGCCAAAAAAGAACCGUAUGCGUUCCUGUGGGAUAUGGCCGUGGUGGAGUAUGCGGCGCUCACAGACGAUGAUUGCACCAUCACUGUAUCUGGCAACAGCAUGAGCAGUAAAGGCUACGGGAUCGCCAUGCAACAUGGGAGCCCAUAUCGAGAUCUCAUCUCCCAAAAGAUUCUGGAGCUGCAGGAGAAAGGAGAUCUGGAUGUCCUGAAGCAGAAGUGGUGGCCUCGGACGGGUCGCUGCGACCUCAACAGCUACAGCAACGCCCAGCCGGAUAGCCGCUCGCUCAAACUGCACAGCUUCGCCGGCGUCUUCUGCAUCCUGGCCGCGGGUCUCCUGCUGGCCUGUCUGGUGGCCGCUCUGGAAAUGUGGUGGAACAGCAACCGCUGCCGGCAAGAACAAGCCAAAGAGGUUACUAAGGAUUACAGACUGGCAAGGGUUUCUGGUCCAUUGACAUAUAAUGAUAUUGCUACUGCUUCAUCGGAGGGGAGCAAGGACAUUUGGAGGAGAGAGAAAAAGACUGGGAUGAAGCAGAAGCUAUUGACACAGGACAAGGAGGUAAACCUGGAACAGGUGCAUCGGCGUAUGAACAGUCUUAUGGACGAGGACAUGGCACACAAGCAGAUCCCCGCACCAUCUAUCGAGAUCUCUGCCCUGGACAUCGGCAGCAUGCCACCCAGCCAGCAGCGGGAAGCUGUGCGAGACUACCCGGGCAAGGGACUGUCUGUGAGCACCUUCAUUCCGGAGCAAGCACAUGGGGUGGGCCGGACACUGGCCCAGGGUCCUGGCAGGACCCUGCCCCUUCCUCUCAGCAGCUCCACAUUGCCCUCCAUCCAAUGCAAACACAGGGCUCCCAACGGGGGCCUAUUCCGACAGAGUCCCAAGACGCCCAUGCCAAUGUCCUACCAGUCGGUACCAGGAGGACCCAUCCCAGAAGCUAUUGAUCCCACUCAUAGUACAUCCAUCUAAGGCACUCGUCAUUAUGGGCAGCCUCACAUUUGCUUUUCAGAGGACGACCAGGAGGUGCGGAUGGAGCUUGGGCAACUGUAAAAGUUGGAUUGAAAUGUGUAAAAAGCAUUAAAAAAAGAACGUACGUAGAGAUUUUUAUUACGAAAAACAUGAAAAAUAAAUUUUUCUUGUACAUAUUUGUAAAUACUGAAAGAGCAAAGUAAGUAAAAAGUGUAUUUUGAAUAUUCACAAUUUUUGAAGUCAAGUUACAAAAUCUAAUGAAAAACAAAAAUGGACAUAUAAAAAGAAUUCAAAAACGACUGUUUGAAUGGCUUUGUGAAUUUUGUUCUCUAUGGGUAAAGACUUAAAUUCAUUGUGAUUGUUUUCUAAGUGCCGAAAUAAAAGAUGUCUCUCCACAAUUUGUUACUAGAUAGUCAUACAUUGCUACUGAAACCUGGAAGCUGAUAAUCAUGUGCCCCUUUUACAGUCAUAAACAUCCACAGAUCACCAA